AUGGAGGCUCUUACUUCACUUCACCACCGUCACCAACCUCUAUGUUCCUCUCUCUACCCUUCUCUAACAUCAUCAUCUUCUUCUUCACUCUUUCUCUCACAAUCUUCACCAUCAUCAUCUUCCAUUAGAGCUUCAUCUUCUUCUUCUUCUUCCGAUUCUCCUCUUCGUGAAGCGGAACCCAAAUCUCCUCAAUUUUUCAACCCUAAUCGUAAAAUUCCAAACGUUGACCCUACUAUUCAGGAUCCAGAACGCAAAUCUCCUCAAUUUCUUAACCCUAUUCGUAAACUUCCCUCUUUUGCGACGGUUACUGCAGCUGCAUCAGCUUUUCUCUUUCUGGGUUAUUGUCAAAAUGCGUUUAACAAACCAAUAACACCAAUUUCCUCGGUUGUUUCUGUUGAGGAAAAAAGCGGUUUUGAAGAAUUUUCUGAAAGGAAACCAGAUCAUGUUCAAUCUGUUUUACAUCUGAAGCUGAAAGAGAAAAUUCCUGUUGUGCACAGUUUCAAGAAAGUUAAAACUGAUGAUGAUGAAGCAUGGCAAGUGUUGAGAGGAGAGGUUUUUAGCUGCAGUGAGAAUUUGGAGUUGAUUAAGAUGGGAUUUGAAGAGAUACUGGAGAAAGACAUGGAUUGUAACAAGGUUCAUCAAAAUCGUGUUCUUGAGUAUCUUGAAAUGGUUGAUGAAUGUAAUAGCUUGUUGAAGGGUAUUAUGGUUUCAAUGAAUAUAUAUGAGAGGGAAGAUGUGGAUAAAAAUCGGCAUCUCAGAUUCUUCUGCGAGGUUGUUGAUCAAAUUAGGGUCUUGGAAGGAGACAUGGUUGGUGCUUUGAAGUAUUUUAAGCAGCUUGAACAAUGA